AUGGCAACAAUGGAAGAAAAACUUACGAGCGCCUUAAAACGUAAGCGCGUGGAUGCACAUGUUGGAAAUCUACCAACAAUUAAUUCUCAUGGAAGAAAAACUGAUAAAAGUGAUCUAGACUUGGCAAAAUAUGAAUUGACGAGUAAAUUUGCAUGA